CUUACCUGCAUGCUGAUCUGCAACAGGUUUUAUAUUGGUCUGAAUGUCAGCAAACCAUGAGCACUUUUGAUCUCCUCCUUAUCUCUAUUCCCAGGACGUCCUGUCUCACGCCAUGUUUAUUCCGUAUCCGCACUUCUCUGCGUGGCUGGCGCUCGUUCACAGCGUAUCAGCCCUUUCUUAUUGAUAAGUUCUAACGAUUUCAGACGCCAGAGCUUUCUAUGAACCAUUUUUUGCGUUUGCUAUUUUCUUCUUGGUCGAGUUGACCGGCUUAGAACAUACAGGGGCCUCAUAUCGCAUGCGGAACUCGGUCAUUCCGUCAGAUCCGUGUCCCGCAACCCCGCCACUGAACCAACCCCACCAAAGCCAAGAAACGAAUUCUGAUUCGCCCAUGUCAACCAUAAGGUUAUCCCACUCUCAAACGCUUCAUCUCUAAAAUCCACUUCACGAUGAGGGUCUUUUCGAUUAAUAAAUCGCAACCGUGCGAGCUUGGCUGGAGUCGAUGAAUUUCAACAAAGGAGUACAAAACCCAGAGCGCCAAUUUGGGCCUUUGUCAACUUGCAGACCAGCAAAUGGCGAUACCGACCGCCUGGCUGCCCUCGAUGAGGAUGAGGUUGCGACAGAAGAAGUUGGGACGAGAACCCCAGAGGUAGUACAUAAUGAGAAGGAGGAGGCCGUUACAUGGAGGUCCUUGCCUCAUAGGAAGCAAUUGAUCAUCCUUACUCUAGCACGACUGUCGGAACCAUUGGUACAGACAUCUUUGCAGGCAUAUAUGUUUUACCAACUUAAAUCCUUUGACGAAACAUUGCCGGACUCCACAAUUGCUACACAAUCUGGGCUAUUAACGAGUAGUUUUACGGGCGCGCAGUUUUUGACGGCAAUGAUGUGGGGAAGAAUAUCGGACUCGGAAAAAGCAGGCAGGAAGUUGGUAUUAUUGAUUGGACUUUUUGGGACAGCCAUUUCGUGCCUAGGAUUUGGGUUUUCGAAAACCUUCUAUCAAGCAAUAUUCUUUCGGACGCUGGGUGGUCUCAGCAACGGAAACAUUGGAGUCAUGAGGACAAUGGUUUCUGAAAUUGUACAAGAGAAGAAGUAUCAAUCGAGAGCUUUCUUACUGUUUCCAAUGACCUUCAACAUCGGAGUGAUAAUUGGACCAAUACUUGGUGGGUUACUGGCAAACCCAGCUGGAACAUAUCCAAAAGCCUUUGGCCAUAUCGGUUUUUUCAUACACUAUCCCUACGCGUUGCCAAACAUCGUGAGCGCAUUCCUCCUGAUCUGCUCCACCCUCGGGGUGUUCUUCGGGCUUGCUGAGACGCUCGGAUCCAUACGCCAUCACGAGGACCUCGGAAUAAAAUGUAGCCGGAAGAUUGCAGAGCUAUUUCGAGGACGUCAAUCCCAGGAGUUCUCGCAUGCUUACACCGCUGUCUCGGGCGAGGAGAGAAGCACUGAGACAGAUGUUGAGCUGGCUCCCGCUACCCCAACCACGUUCAGCAGGCGGAAAGCUAUCCCGAGAUGGAGACACAAAUUGCCGUUCCGAAGAAUAUUCACUUACAACGUCAUUUGUACACUGGUAGCACACACCCUUAUGGCGAUUCAUCUUGGAACAUUCAACUCACUUUGGUUUGUGUUCCUAUCCACACCCGUAGCAGACCCUGCCCACCCAGACCCACCUGGCUUUCACCGCCGUCUGCCCUUCAUUUUUACCGGCGGCUUAGGAAUGCCACCUCGAGACGUGGGCUUCGCCAUGGCCAUCCUGGGCAUCAUUGGAAUAUCCAUGCAAUUGUUCAUCUACCCAAUCAUCAAUGCCAAACUGGGAACCGUGAAAAGCUGGCGCAUAUUCUUGUACUGCUUUCCAGUCGCUUACUUGCUUGUCCCAUAUUUAUCAAUCGUACCAUCUAAGUCGCAACCGCCAGCUGAGAAGGAUGGCUUCUUAGUUUGGUUCUGUCUCUGUGCGGUCCUCUUCGUGCAAGUGACUGGUAGAACCUUCGCACUCCCCGCAACGACUAUUUUAGUCAACAAUGCAUCACCGCAUCCAUCUGUGCUCGGAACGAUGCACGGAAUUGGCCAGAGUUUAUCAAGUGCGGGCCGAACAUUUGGCCCUUUAGUGGCAGGGGCUUUAUACGGUGUGGGACUUCGACAUGGUAUCGUAGGUGCGGUUUUCUGGGGGCUCGGUGCAAUUGCUAUUCUGAACUGCAUCGCUAGCAAAUGGGUGAGAGAGGGAGACGGACAUGAAAUAAUGUUGGAAGGAGAUGAACAAGCCGAGGCCGAGUUCCAAGCCCAAGCCGAAGCCGCAAGGAGAGGCGGCCUUUCGAGGUGA